CUUUUGUUGCCGAUCGGACGCAAUUGCUAACGGACACUCGACUGGUUGAGUGACAUUGACUACAACCGUCGCCGGCCGGUAGAGACGCUGAGCAGUUUGUAGCCUUCAAAAAUUCGGCUUGACUCUACCGGGGCUUCUUGCGGGUCAUGUGGGCCCUGUGGCUCGCGUCCCGGCGGCCGCUACAGUCUGCCGCCAGAACCGUCGGAACCGAUCUCCCGUGCCACAAGGCGGCGCCCAUCAGCAGGCCUCGUGUGGUUCCCCUGAUGACGACGCGACGGCGCCCGCUGUACCUGAGCGCACAGACGUGCAGCGUGAAGGAGACGCUGGCACCCAGCCGGGAGGAAGUGGGCGGCUUCACUAAGCUGAUUGAGGCCAUGGGCUUCACAGGACCCCUCAAGUACAACAAAUGGAAAAUCAAGAUUGCGGCCUUGCGCAUGUACACGUGCUGCGUGGAGAGGGUAAACUACGACGACUUCUUGGACAGGUGCUUGCUGCCCGACACACUCAACUCCUGGUUCCUGGUGGCGCAGCUGCACGUGUGGAUGUGUCUGGUGCGGAUGCGUCAGGAGGGCCGGGCAGGCAAGUACAUGUGUCGCUACGUGGUCCACUCCAUGUGGGAGGACGUGGAGCAGCGCAGCAAGAUCAUGGGGAUUGACGCCAUUCAUCGUAAGGAAGCCCUCAAAGCCAUGACUGAGACCUUCUACGCCGCUUUGUUUGGAUACGACGAGGGCGUCCUGUCUGACGACAGCGUCCUUGCCGCCGCUCUGUGGAGAAAUUUGUUCAACUGUCAGUGUGAGGACUCUGCCCAGCUGGAGCUCAUGGUGGAGUAUGUGCGCAAGCAGAUGCAGUUCAUUGACUCUCUGGACAGCGAAGACUUGCUUCUGACUGGAGAAGUCAAGUGGCGCCCCCUGCUGGAGGAGAAUGCUCAGAGCAUCCUGAAAGCAGCCACGCCCACAUACAAUGAUGCCGGACUGUGACUUCCUGUCUGACAGAAACAAAAGAAACAUCAACACUUGUUUGUUUUCACGCUGUAGACAAGCUUCUGUGUUUACGCCCUUGAACAUAUGGAAGUGAUGUCAUUGCUCCUUUGUCUAAUGCAGCCAAUUUGUUUUGA